GAACUUUUGUGCAUCUCCCCGUGGCGCCAUCUCUUGGCCAGAGAGACGCUUUAACGCAACAGCCCCUAAAGAUGUUUUAAGGGCUAAGCCGGGAAGGCAGACUGGGUGGAGCUGGCCGCCGCCUGGGGCAAGCACUUUAGAGCUAGAGAAGGAGGGCGACCUACUUCCUGAAUCGCCUGCAAACCUCAGAGGAGCUCGCUCCGCUCUGCGACACGAUGUCCGGGGAGUCAGCCAGGAGCCUGGGGAAGGGAAGCGCGCCCCCAGGGCCGGUCCCAGAGGGCCUGAUCCGCGUCUACAGCAUGAGGUUCUGCCCGUUUGCUGAGAGGACGCGUCUGGUCCUGAAGGCCAAGGGAAUCAGGCAUGAAGUCAUCAAUAUCAACCUGAAAAAUAAGCCUGAGUGGUUCUUUAAGAAAAAUCCCUUUGGUCUGGUGCCAGUUUUGGAAAACAGUCAGGGUCAGCUGAUCUACGAGUCUGCCAUCACUUGUGAGUACCUGGAUGAAGCAUACCCAGGGAAGAAGCUGUUUCCUGAUGACCCCUAUGAGAAAGCUUGCCAGAAGAUGGUCUUCGAGUUGUUUUCUAAGGUGCCAUCCUUGGUAGGAAGCUUUAUUAGAAGCCAAAAUAAGGAAGACUGUGCUGGCCUAAAAGAAGAAUUUCGUAAAGAAUUUAGCAAGCUGGAGAAGGUUCUGACUAAUAAGAAGACAACCUUCUUUGGUGGCAGUUCUAUCUCGAUGAUUGAUUACCUCAUCUGGCCCUGGUUUGAACGGCUGGAAGCAAUGAAGUUAAAUGAGUGUGUAGAUCACACUCCAAAACUUAAACUGUGGAUGGCAGCCAUGAAGGAAGAUCCCACAGUCUCAGCCCUGCUCACUAGUGUGAAGGACUGGCAAGGUUUCCUAGAGCUGUACUUACAGAACAGCCCUGAGGCCUGUGAUUAUGGGCUCUGAAGGGGGCAGGGGUCAGCAAUAAAGCUGUGUCUGAUGUUUUCUUUCACUAA